AUGGGAAUGCAAGAGGAAGGAAAUGGAUACGGAGACGGCGGCAGCAAUAUAGAUACCAAGUACUCGAGGAUAGAUUACGCCGGCAGCGAAGCGGGUACGCCGUCGUCGGAGAAAGCGAUUGCCGUGAAGAAAUACGAUACGAGGAAAUACGUGUUUGCCUGUGCCAUCUUCGCCUCUCUCAAUUCCGUGCUCAUGGGUUAUGAUGUGGGUGUAAUGAGUGGAGCAGUGAUCUUCAUCCAAGAAGACCUCCAGAUAUCAGAAACCGAAGAAGAAAUCCUGGUUGGGAUCUUAAGCAUUGUCUCCCUAUUCGGGAGCUUGAUCGGAGGCAGAACAUCGGAUAUCAUAGGCCGAAAAUGGACGAUAGCAUUAUCAGCCAUCAUCUUCCAAUCAGGAGGUGCAAUCAUGGCUCUUGCACCUUCCUUCAGGGUUUUGAUGAUAGGCAGGCUCACGGCAGGAGUAGGGAUAGGGUUUGGAGUCGCGAUUGCUCCGGUGUACAUAGUAGAGAUCGCGCCUUCGGUGGCGAGAGGGUCCCUGACCUCAUUCCCAGAGAUUUUUGUAAAUUUCGGUAUACUCUUAGGGUACAUUUCGAACUAUGCAUUCUCGGGCCUAUCGGUCCACAUGAGCUGGAGGGUCAUGCUUGGUGUAGGCAUCUUGCCUUCAAUCUUCCUUGGUUUUGCACUGUUCGUGAUCCCCGAAUCGCCUAGAUGGCUGGCAAUGAAGAACCGAAUCGACGAGGCAAGGUUGGUGCUUUCCAAGACCAAUGAAAGUGAGCAAGAAGUGGAAGAGAGAUUAGCUGAAAUUCUAGUAGCUGCAGAGGAAGCCAAUACCGAGAGAUAUGACAAGAAAGCAGUGUGGUUUGAAAUUCUAAACCCAUCUCCAGCAGCCAAGCGAAUGCUAAUCACUGGCUGUGGAAUCCAAUGCUUUCAACAGAUCACAGGUAUAGAAGCUACUGUGUACUACAGCCCAACAAUCUUCAAACAUGCUGGAAUCCAGGGGAAUGCUCAGGUUCUUGCAGCAACAGUUGCCGUGGGGUUCACUAAAACUGUGUUUAUCUUGUUUGCCACAUUCCUGAUUGAUAAACUAGGUAGAAAGCCAUUGCUUUACUUGAGCACAAUUGGGAUGACCAUGAGCUUGCUUUCUUUGAGCCUGACCUUAUCAUUCCUGAGGGAUAAUGGAAGGCUUGGGAUCACCUUUGCAUUGCUAUCUGUUUGUGCCAAUGUGGCUUUCUUCUCGGUGGGGCUCGGUCCGAUCUGUUGGGUGCUUUCAUCGGAGAUCUUUCCAUUGAGGCUAAGGGCUCAGGCGUCUGCUCUGGGAGCCGUCGCGAGCAGGGUGAGCAGCGGUCUAGUCACCAUGACGUUUCUCUCGGUGUGUCGUGCGAUCACAGUUGGUGGGACUUUUUGUGUGUUUGCUGUCAUCUCUGGUCUUGCUGUUCUGUUUGUGUAUGGUUGCGUGCCCGAGACGAAAGGGAAAUCGUUGGAGCAGAUCGUGAUGCUGUUCGAGGACGGUGGUGGGGACUGGCAGAGGCGUGAAGUUGAAUUGGGAGAUGCAGAACGAUUGGUAUCGAAGGAACGAUUGUCUGAUUCCUCAUGGUGAAGAGCUUGUGUGGUUUGAUAUAGGAGGACUCUUAUAUACUUGUACAAGAAACAGAUGUAUAGAAUGUAGAGUGACUCAUUUUUUUCUUUCCAUCCUGAGAGCUGUGGAUUCAAGCUACUCUGCAAUGUUCCAUGAAAGUGGUUUCACAAAGAUGGGGCUGGUAGAUGAAUAGUGUGUUGCUGCUGGUAGAUGAAUGUUGAAGUAAUGAGAGAACAUCAUUGAAUUUGACCUCUUAAGUUACCGUCAGUGUGACAGUAAAAUCGAGUGAGGUUGUUGAUUAGAUG